CUCCCGCCGCGGCCCCGCCGCCCGCUACUUAAGGCGGCAGCGGCGGGCGCUGCUCCUGCUGGCGCCCUGACCCUGUGUCCCCGCAGAAGAUGGCCCCGACGUGCCUGCGACCCCUGCUGAGAUACCGCUCCUUCGCCAUCCUCUUCCUCACGCCGCUGCUGCUGCUGCCGCUGCCGGUCGCGGUAGCGACGCGGGAGGCUAAAUGUGCAUACAUCAUCAUCAUCAUGGCUGUGUUCUGGUGCACUGAAGUGAUCCCGCUGGCCGUGACCUCCCUCAUGCCUGUGGUGUUUUUCCCUCUGCUUGGAGUUCAGAGCUCUAAAUCAGUGUGCCUGCAGUACCUGAAUGACACAAACAUGCUCUUCUUGGGAGGGCUGAUUGUUGCAAUUUCUGUGGAGCACUGGAAUCUUCACAAAAGGAUCGCACUGAGGGUCCUGCUGAUCCUUGGGGUGAAACCUGCGCUCCUCAUGCUGGGGUUUAUGAUAGUCACUGCCUUCCUGUCCAUGUGGAUAAGUAACACAGCCACCACUGCUAUGAUGGUUCCCAUUGUCCAGGCUGUCCUGGAUCAAAUGGACAACACAGAGUAUGAUGUGACCAUGAUGGAACAAGGAACUGGGCAGACAAACACAGUGAUUGAGCUGGAAGAAAAGAAUGCAGCAGAUCCCACCACAGUGCAUGUGGUAAGCAAUGGACAGGUCCCAGAUGACCCCAGGUCUUCUGAGGAGAAGAGACUGAGGAAGCGCAUCUGUAAGGGGAUGACUCUCUGCGUCUGCUACGCUGCCAGCAUCGGGGGCACCGCGACGCUCACCGGCACAGGACCCAACAUGGUGCUGAAAGGGCAGAUGAACCAGUUGUACCCCAACAACAAUGAUGUUGUGAACUUUGCUUCCUGGUUUGGCUUUGCGUUCCCAAACAUGGUUCUGAUGUUGGUGCUGGCUUGGCUUUGGUUACAGUGCUCCUUCAUGGGACUCAACUUUAAAAAGAGCUGGGGCUGUGGGACAGAGAGAACUGCCAAAGAGAAAGCUGCAUACAAUGUGCUGAAGGCAGAAAUGAAGAAAUUAGGUCCCAUCACUUAUGCUGAAUUCAAUGUCCUCCUGAUGUUUGUCCUGCUGGUUCUCUUGUGGUUUUCCAGGCACCCAGGCUUUGUCAAAGGCUGGGCUAGCAGGCUCUUCCCAGAAGGAGAAAAGUAUAUCACCGAUUCUGCUCCUGCUGUGUUUAUUGCCCUGAUGCUGUUUAUCCUUCCUGCUAAUAAACCCAAAUUCAUAGGCUGGAAUCCAAGCAUAUCUGACCCUGAACAGACAGAAGAAGAUAUAAAAAAGCCAUUUUUAUCAGCCCCGCUGCUAGACUGGAAUGUGGUUCAGAGGAAGAUGCCCUGGAGCAUUGUGCUGCUGCUGGGAGGAGGUUUUGCUUUGGCUGAUGCAAGUGCAAACUCUGGGCUCUCAGCUUGGCUGGGUCAUCAGAUGACUCCUCUAGGGUCCAUCCCACCGUGGGCCAUUGCAACAGUGCUCUCCCUGAUCAUAGCUGUCUUCACCGAGUGCACCAGCAACGUCGCCACAGCCACCCUCUUCCUCCCUGUCUUUUCAUCCAUGGCUGCCUCUGUCAAGAUCCAUCCUUUGUAUGUGAUGCUGCCUGGGACUCUCAGUGCCUCCUUUGCCUUCAUGCUGCCUGUUGCCACACCACCAAAUGCCAUCGUGUUCUCCUACGGCCACAUUCGUGUCCUGGAUAUGGUUAGAUCUGGAAUAGUGAUGAACAUCAUUGGAGUCUUCUGUGUCACACUGGCCAUCAACACAUGGGGAAGACCUAUGUUUGAGCUGGACACCUUCCCAGCCUGGGCAAACAGCACAACUAACCAGUGAGCAGUGAAGAUUUCACGUGUGAAAGAAGGAAAGGACCCUUACUACUACUCCUUAUUGCCCAAAGCUCUAGCUAAAGUCUCACCACUGCUUCAGAUCUGGUGUCAGGUGGUUGCUACCUUCUGGGAGCCACACCUCAGGUCAGGCAAGAACCAGCUCCAAUUCAUCCCAGCUGUGCUGGAGCCAGAAGUGCUGUUUAAUUACACAACCUUAAGGAUCAUGUGUCUGGAUCAUGAGUGUGACCAAGUGAUCUGCUGUACCUGCAGCCGAGGUCGAGGUUGAGAGCUUACCAAACGUUCAAUAAAGAGAGGGCAGGCUGCUCUGUGGAAUGGUUGCAACUGCCCUGUCACUGGGGUCUGCUGGGAGCCAG